CCGUGACCGGCAGCCCGUGGCCGCGCGCCGCCGUCUUCGCUGCGGCUUCGACGCCCGCGGCCGGCACUUCUGUGGCCGAGUGUCCCGGAGAGCUCCCGGCGAGGAUACUGGGAGAGCCACUCACCGAAAGGGUUGAAGCUGAGGAGAGCCCUUUAUUGGGAGUGCUGCAUCAAAGUGUGGAAAGGGGGCCCUUUUCAUUACAGUCACCAGGGAUCUUGGUAAAGUUGCAGGUGACGAUGGAGGCUGGCAGCCUCCCCCUGGAGCUGUGGCGCAUGAUCUUAGCCUACCUGCCCCUUCCCGACUUGGGCCGUUGCAGCCUAGUGUGCAGGACCUGGUAUGAACUGAUCCUCAGUCUUGAUAGGACUCGCUGGCGGCAGCUGUAUCUGGGCUACACCGAGUGCCGCCACCCCAACUGGCCCAACCAGCCUGAUGUGGACCCUGAGUCUUGGAGGGAGGCCUUCAAGCAGCAUUACCUUGCCUCCAAGAUGUGGACCAAGAAUGCCGCAAUCUUGGAGACCUCUGUCUGCUUUACUCUGUUUCGCCGGAGGAGGACACGUCGUACCCUGAGUGUCGGGCCAGGCCAUGAGUUUCACAGCCUAGGCAGUGCCCUGGCCAUGUCCAGCCUAUUUGACCGAAUCCUGCUGUUCCCAGGUCUGCACGAAGAGCAAGGUGAAAUUAUCCUGAAGGUGCCCGUGGAGAUCGUAGGCCACGGGAAGUUGGGCGAAGUGGCCCUGCUAGCCAGCAUUGACCAGCAGUGCUCAACCACACGCCUGUGCAACCUUGUCUUCAUGCCAGCCUGGUUCUCACCCUUCAUGUUUAAGACAACUGCAGGUCACGUCCAGUUUGACAACUGCAACUUUGAGAAUGGACACAUCCUUGUCCAUGGCCCGGGCACCUGCCAAGUGAAGUUUUGCACCUUCAAAAACACCCAUGUCUUUCUGCACAAUGUGCCCCUGUGUGUCCUAGAAAACUGUGAAUUCGUGGGCAGUGAAAACAACUCUGUGACUGUUGAGGGCCACCCAUCCGCAGAAAACAACUGGGCCUACACGCAUCUCUUAGGGCUUAUCAGGUCCUCUCCCAGCGUGCUCCCAACAGAGGACUCUGACUCUUUAAUGUCCUUGGACCUGGAAAGCAGGGACCAGGCCUGGAGCCCAAGAACCUGUGGCAUUGUCAUUGAGGGUAGCCAGAGCCCUACCAGCCCAGCAACUGGCUCUCCCAAGGCUGGCUCACAGGAGGCAGAGGUGGGCAGCGAUGGGGAAAGGGUGGCCUGGACCCCAGACAGCAGCGAUGGAGGCCUGAGUCCCAGCGGUGAGGAUGAGGAUGAGGACCAGCUCACGUACAGACUGUCCUACCAAGUGCAGGGACCGCAGCCGGUCCUGGGGGGCUCCUUAUUGGGCCCACCACUGCCGGGAGCAUCCAUCCAGCUGCCCAGCUGCCUGGUGCUGAACUCACUACACCAGGAGCUGCAGAAGGACAGGGAGGCCAUGGCGCUGGCCAGCUCUGUGCAGGGCUGCCUCAUUCGCAAGUGCCUGUUCCGGGACGGGAAGGGAGGCGUCUUCGUUUGCUCUUAUGGCCGAGCCAAGAUGGAAGGAAACAUCUUCCGGAACCUGACUUAUGCGGUGCAAUGUAUACAUAAUAGCAAGAUCAUCAUGCUCAGGAACCACAUUCACCACUGCAGAGCGUCAGGCAUCUUUCUUCGCUUGGAGGGCGGAGGCCUGAUCGCCGGCAACAACAUUUAUGACAACGCAGAGGCCGGCGUAGACAUCCGGAAAAAGUCCAACCCUCUCAUUUUGUGUAACCAGAUCCACCACGGCCUUCGCUCUGGCAUUGUUGUCCUUGGCAGUGGGAAAGGCAUCAUCCGGAAUAAUCAAAUCUUUUCAAACAAGGAGGCUGGCAUUUACAUCCUGUACCAUGGAAAUCCAGUCGUGAGCCGGAACCACAUUUUCAAGGGCAGUGCAGCUGGCAUAGCUGUGAAUGAGAAUGGCAGAGGCCUCAUCACAGAAAAUGUCAUCCGAGAGAAUCAGUGGGGAGGUGUGGACAUCCGCCGAGGAGGGGUCCCCAUCCUCAGGAGCAACCUCAUCUGCUUUGGCUAUUCUGAUGGUGUUGUUGUCGGGGGUGAAGGCAAAGGCCUGAUAGAAGGAAACACCAUCUACGCUAAUAAGGGCUGUGGUGUGUGGAUGAUGUCGUCCAGCCUACCCCACGUCACCAGCAACCACAUCAGCUACAAUGGCCUGUAUGGAGUGGCAGUGUUCAGCCAGAAGGAUGGCUCUGAGGAGUCCCCUGGAGGCCACGUGGCCCAGGAGAACUUCGGCGAGGACUGGGACGCCACCCUCUGGGAGACGGAGCUGGAGAAGGAUGACGACCUGCUGCGCCGGCCCAUCACUGCAGCUCUGGUAGAGUCUAACAAUGUUAAUCACAACGGAGCUUCAGGACUCUAUGUCCAGAGUAGUGAGGUGCUGCAUGUCAUCACCAACGUGAUCCAUGCUAACGGGGACAGAGGCAUCACUGUGGCCCAGAGCAGCCAGCUCACCCGUGUGGCCAACAACAGCAUCUCCUGCAAUCACCAGAGUGGGGUCAAGGUCAAGGCCCAGUGCAAAGUGGAGUUCCGAGGCAAUGGUAUCUACGACAACAGAGGCCAUGGCAUCAUCACCAAGGGUGACGGCACUGUCAUUGAAAACGACAUCAUUGGCAACCGGGGUAGCGGGCUGCAGCUGCUGCCCACGUCCGACACGAAGGUAAUAAAGAACCGGAUCCAUUCAUUCCGGGCCUACGGCAUUGCCGUGCAGGGCCAUGCCAAGGCUCUGCUGCAGGAGAACACCGUCUUCCAGGGCAAGACCAACAAGACCAUCUUUCAGCAGAUCUCAAACAACCAAGAAUGCAUCAUGCAGAACAACAAGUUCUUGGUCUUCAAGAAAAAGUCUGAUACGUGGCGCCUGGCGAACCCACCGGCACGGCCUCACCUUGAAAACUCUCUCCGAGGCCCCUCUGCUGCCCACAGUGGGCAGGUGACAGCCAUGGCAACCAGGAUCACAGCCCACGUGGAAGGUGGUUACCACAGCAAACGCAGCAUCUUCUGCACCGUCCUGUGAGAAUGGAGAGCCACGGAGUGGGGCGGCCGGGGGCUGCCCUCAGACUCCGAGAAGGAAGCACAUACCUGCUCUCAGGCUUGGGCCCUGCCCAGCCAAGCUGAGAGGUUGUGGCCUUGGGGAUGGAAGAAUUAGUGCUUGUGAAGACUCCUGGCUUCCUUAUCACCGCCCCGAAAAACAAGCUCCCAAGUCUUCUGGGGACUAAGAACAAGGUACCUUCAAAACCCUUUGGCUCCACAACCCUUAGCAGGAAAGAACUUGGAUUUUUUUGUUUGUUGAUUGGUUGGUGUUUUUGGCCGCGCCAUGUGGCUUAUGGGAUCUUAGUUCCCCGACCAGGGAUUGAACCCAGGCCCUCAGCAGUGAAAGUGCGGUGUCCUAACCCCUGGACCGCCAGGGAAUUCCCUGGGAUUAUUUUUCAAGGAGAAAAGGGGAACCGAAGUUGGUGGGUUUCUAGUCCCUCGAGGUCUUACAGAGAUUAUGAAAAGUUGGGGAAAUCGAUAAUGAAAACCUUGGUCAGGGUUUUCUGUUUGAGUUACAGGGAACUGCGUUUUAUAUACACCAAACCCAGAAUCUUCUCAGGGAAGAACGGAUUUACUUCUAAGGGAGAGAAGUGAUUCUAGUGAGAUGGAAAGAGCCCCAGAUUUUCCCCUUUCCUAGACCUCACUUUUGACCCUCCGGGGACACUGCCACACCCACCCUCCUGCCUGGGGAGGCUGGAGGAGUUGGGUUUGGUUUCCUUAAGGACACAGUUCUCUUGGACAUGGACCUGUGAGGGAGGAAGGGGCUUGGGAUAAGGAGCCCCUCUUGAAAGGCUGCCCCAGGGAUGACAGGGACAUGCUGAAAACAGGAAGGGGCGUGUGGAGAAGGCUUUCCUUGAAGUGGCUUAGGUGUGCGGGCGCGUGCUGGGCUGGGUGGUGCAGGGAUACACCUGACUGCUGUACCUUCAAGUUGCUCCCAGAUUCAGGAGGACAUUGGCUCAGCGCUUGCUGCACAGGGAGGAUUCAAAUCCCACAAGCACACCAAACCAGCCGCCCCUCCUGGGCGCAAGACUGGCGGAGACCGAGGUGCCUAGGGCCCUCGUCUGUGUCCACAUUCUCGUGGAUGACCACCUGCCUUUACUGACCCUACCAAGGUUCCCCACUCUGUGCCUUGGCUCAUGCUCUCCCCUCUUCUGGGUGCACCCGCCUCGCCAGCUACACGCCUAGGUCCCACCCACUCUUCCAGGCUCGACGCUGCCACCCGGAUGGCAGUGCUCUCCCCUCUCUGGGCCUCCUCUGCCCUUCCUCUGCCCCCACAGGGUAUACUCUGCCUUGCUUAGGAGUUACCCAGGCCCAUCCCUGUCCCACUGACCUGCCUGUAAGCUAGCUCCAUUAGAGUCACCACCUGUGUCCCCAGUCCCCAGCCCAGGGGGUAGGGUUAGCAGCCUGAGUAAGGAGAGGAAGGCUGGCUCCCAGAGGGCUGUGCUGAACCCAACUGUGAAUGUGUUAAGGUUCCAGAGCCAGGCAGGCUCAGACCCACUGCUCUGGAAGGGGGCCCGAUGCAGGCCUGGUUCAGCCUCAACAGUCCCCCGCCCACCCGGCCCUUCAUGUGGGGCCUCACCAGCCUGGUAGGGUCACUGUCGUGCACCUCACAGAUGGCUUCCCAGGCUGGUUCUGCCAGGCCCCCGGUGCUGCUCUCCCGGGUGGAGUAGGUUGGGCUAGAGGGAGCCAGGAGCACUGGCUACCCUCUGAGGACUUGGGGCACAAGAGCAUGGGCCCCUCCCAUCCCCAGCGCUGUCCUUUGCACUUACCUAUGGCCCCAAUGUGAGUUGCUGUACAAAAUGCUGCCUUUUAUUAUUUUGUAACGAAUGACUUUUCUGUGAACCAAGUGCUUAUGAAAAUCUC